AUGGCACUGUCAUUCUUGUGUGAAGAACUCAUGGUUGAAAUUCUGUCAUGGCUUCCAGUGAGAUCUCUUAUGCAAUGCAGAUGCGUGAGCAAGUCGUUUAAAUCCCUCAUCUCAGAUCCAAGUUUCGUGAAACUGCACCUUCAAAGAUCACCCAACAACACCAACUUCCUAAUACGUUACAGAACUCCGAAACAUGACUUUGCCCUUCCUUGCUCUCUUCGUUCUUUAUUAGAGGGUCCUCUUUCUGACAUUGCCCUAAAGCAAGAAGAGAAGUACAAGGUUGCUGGCUCCUGCAAUGGGUUGGUCCUUUUGUUCGCUUUGUCUAACACCUCUUCCACACGCACAUACAAGUUUCUCUUAUGGAACCCUGCCAUUAGAAAAACAUUUCAAGUCCCACAUUAUAUAAUUCCAAUCAAUCCAAACAGAUAUGACUUCAUAAAAUGGUUUGGGUUUGGCACUGGCGUAAAAGGAUUGUGUUUCCUAAAAGGUGACAUCCAUGGUGAUAAAGACGUGACGACUCUGAGGAUGAUAACAUUUAUACCCUUUUUUAUUAGAAGGAUAACCAAUAAAGACACAUUUAAGAGCUUUGGGAUCUAA